GUGAGCUGUGAUUGGUCACAGCUUAUCACAUGGUACAAGGCUGUUGUGAAUAGCCUUGUACCAUGUGACAUCUGUGAUCAUUCACAGAUUUCACACGUAGUAAGCAAUGAUGUCAGAAGUGACAUCUUGCUUACUACUCUGGAUGUGAUCACUGAUUGGCUAAUCAGUGAUCAUAUUUAUAUGUCACUUAUCAGAUAAUCCUCAAUGUGACUCUCAAACAAAACACUGAUAUGUUUUUAUUCUUGGUGCCUGCUCCAAUACUAAGGCUGGCCAUACGCUAUACAAUUGUUUUGAGAAUUGUGCUUUAGAUUGACCAAAAACCAUAUAAUAUGAGGUCAAACCUAA